AUGGUAAAAAAACUUUGGACUGCAUGGGAAAUUCGAGUGUUGGUUUUAAUUAGCCUUUCUUUACAAAUCAUCCUCAACUUCUUCGGUUCUCGAAGAAAAUACAUAGCAAAAAGCUGGAUAAGGAUUCUUGUUUGGUCAUCAUAUUUAGCAGCAGAAUGGGUUGCAUCUGUUGCGUUGGGCAACCUUGCCACCAACAUCCAAGGAAAUUUUGGAGACCAUUCUCCAAACUCAAGCCAUGAACUCCAGACAUUUUGGGCUCCGUUCCUUCUCUUUCACCUCGGUGGCCCAGAUGCCAUAACAGCUUACUCUUUAGAAGACAAUGAGUUAUGGUUACGACACUUUCUUCAAUUUGCUUUUCAACUUGGAGUGACAAUUUAUGUCUACAUACAAUCUUGGAGCAAUAUUAAUGCCCUCACAUUUCUUUCCAUUCCAGUGAUUAUUGUUGGUUUCAUUAAAUAUGGAGAAAAAACUUGGGUGUUUUGGUCUUCAAGCACCGAGAGAUUAAGAGAUACUUUGCAUGCAAUUGUGGAUCCUAGCCCGGGUAUUGUUAAAUUUUUUGUGCAAGCUGGAUUUGACGAUAUCGAAAAUCAAGAACAAGAAAUGGGUAAACAUGAACUCCUUGAUGCUCAUUUUUUGUUCAACAGAUUUUCACGAUUGUUUACAGGCUUAAUGCUCUCUAAACGGGAAGCACAAAAGACCAUCCCGUACUUUUAUAAAAAGCCAGCAAAAGAAGCUUUCAAUCUGGUAGCAAUUGAGCUUGGAUUCAUGUACGAUUUUCUAUUCACCAAGUUGAUUAUCGUUUAUCAUCGAUUAGGAUUCUUUCUCCAUUGCUUCAAUUUUCUUUCCAUCUUUACAACUUUAGUUGUUUUUUCAAUCGUUCUUCAUAUCCGCUCAUACCCAUAUUAUUUGUUGGACAUCUGCAUAACUUACUGCCUUAUACUUGGGGCUUUUGUUAUGGAGGUUUUCGCAUUCGUUCACUAUUCUUUGAAUGAAUGGGCAAAAUUGGUAGUUUUGAGCAUUUUAAUGAAGGCAAAGAGUUAUAAAUGUGGUGCCAGAAUUCCUUUUCCUUCAUUUUUAUCAACAAAUCAAAAGAGAUGGUCAAUGUCCAUGAGGCAAUUCAAUUUGAUAAAUUUUUGCAUCAAAGACAUUUCGACCUAUACAUAUAUCAAUCGUGUUAAGAAGUUAUUUGGCAUCCUUAAUUGGUUAGAGGAGUUCCAAUUUUUGACCUGGGAAGAUGUGAAUCCUGAGUUGCAAGAAAUUAUCUAUAGAGGGAUCAUAAAUGCUCAUGAAGAACAUAAGUUAUGUAUGAAUCCUGGUUCGGGCAAUUCCGGCAAGAAUAUAUUGGCUCGAAGAGGUGAUCAUGUGAUCGAAAAGAAUGAACUUAACGUAAAAGGUAAUUGCUAUACAUCUCAAUGUCACUUCGACAAGAGCAUUCUUGCUUGGCACAUUGCUACUGAUCUUUGUUAUUAUGAUGAUUUUGUUAAACAUGGAAAAGCUGAUCUCGAUGCGAUAAAUUGCAAAAUUAGUAGACGCUUAUCAAAUUAUAUGUUGUAUCUUCUAGUCUUUUGUCCAUCUAUGAUGUCAAGUGAGAAUGGCGAGUUGAGGUAUAGAAAAACGUGUAAUGAGGUGAUGGACUUGAUCAAGUUAGAUUCGAAAGAUAUCAACAAAACGAGAAGCGAAAUUUUGGAGCCGUUGUUUGAAGACGAAGCUCAACAACCUGCAAAUAAUUUGGACCCUCUAUACAAGACAGUGUUAUCUAGUGGAAGGAGUCUUUUUAGGGAUUUGCAAAAUCUGGAAUCUAGGAAUGGUUGGUGUUUUGACAAGAAAUGGGAGAUGAUAUGUGAAGUGUGGGUAGAAAUGUUGGGAUAUGCCGCCAUUCAUUGCGGAUGGAGAGAGCAUGGGCAACAAUUGGCCAAAGGUGGAGAGCUUCUGACUCAUGUUUGUCUUAUUAUGACGCAUCUUGGACUAGAGGUACAAUAUGAUUAUGAUUAUUUUGCGUUGGAUAUUAAAGACUAA